GUGUACUUGAGAGACAUGUAACAGCAGAUACAAGACCUCAAACAUGGCAGUAACUAUCCCGGGUGGACGAACGCCCAUGCGGUAAGUGAACAGCUACAAAAACUCAUGAUAGGCUGAAAGUGGUGAUAUGCUUUGUCUUGGAAGAUACUCAUUUGUGUCUGCGCUGAUUAGGCCCCAAAACCCAGCCGCCUUUAGCGUUGUGGCCGGAGCAGCUGCGGCGUGGAUGGCCUUUAGAUGGUACUCGCCGUCGAAACCGGAGCCGAAAUCACUCCCUUUUCCAUAUGAAGAUGCCGAGGACGUUAUACAGUCCAAGCCAAAGAAGAAAGGCCCAACCAGAAUUCCUUAAAGGAUGGAAAGUGGUUGAUUGUUAAAUUCGGAAUCUAGUCUUCAGUGUGUUUGGUCUGCAUUUAUCUACGCAGAUAUAUUGUGCGAAUCUGUGUUUCUCAUAUAUGGCUCUGAAAAUGCAAUGUCGUUCUUUUCAUUACUUAAUAAUUACCCAUAGCCUAUACUAGGCCGUCAUUCUGAAUCUGAAUUUGACAACGUGACUG